ACCUCUAAGUGAUUCAUUUUGCACAACUUUGCAAUUCUUGAAAUGUGUGGAAAAAGAUUUGCCUGCAAUCAAAUACGUGACCAUGGGAGAUAUGAAGACCCCAGAUUUUGAUGAUCUUCUUGCAGCCUUUGACAUACCAGAUGUGGUUGACCCAAAAGCAGCUAUUGAAUCUGGACAUGAUGACCAUGAAAGCCACAUAAAACAAAAUACACAAACAGAUGAAGAUUCUCAUAUGCUAUCAUCAUCCGAUGUUGGUGUGAGUGUCAUUGUGAAAAAUGUACGUACUAUUGAUUCUUCAGAAAGUGUAGACAAGGAUGGCCACCAUUCCACAGGCAAUGGCUUGCAUAAUGGCUUUCUAAUAUCCUCAACUCUUGACAGUUACAGUAAAGAUAAAAGCAAGUCAUUUAAAGAUGAUGGGUCAGCUUCGGAGACUGUACUAAAGGAUUCGGCUUUCAACCAGUUUAGUCCAAUUUCAAGUGCUGAAGAAUUUGAUGAUGAUGAAAAAAUUGAGGUAGAUGAUCCUCCAGAUAAAGAAGAGAUGCGUGCACAUUUCAGAGCAAAUAUCUUGACAGAUUCUGUAUAUCAGCAGGAAUAUGACAAACUAAAGACACUUGGGGGAGAGAAUUUGAUUAAAUCUGGUAUCUCAGUUUCAAGUAGUAUAGAUAAAAGUAAAGUUGCUAAACAAGAGACAAACUCUGUGACUUCACAUGUCUAUGAGCCUUUCAAAGCUCACAAGGCAGAGAACAAAUUACUCAAAGACAAUUCUGAGAAGCUUCUUGAAAACAGAGUACUUGAUGGAAAACUGUGUACUGAAAAAAGUGAAACAAAUCUUGCCAGCAUUUCACAGUCCAAAACAAAGUCAUCAGCAAAGCUUUCUUCAUGUAUUGCUGCGAUUGCAGCACUGAGUGCUAAAAAGGCAGCUACAGAUACCAGCAAAGAUUUACAGUCUAAUUCAGGAGAGUCUUCUCCAUUACCAAAACAUAUGAGUGAAAGUCCCCUAGCUAUUGAAAAAUCACCUGAAUCUCAGAGUCUUAUUGAUGAUGCUAAAAAGCCAUCUAUUAAACCACCCGAUAGUCCCAGAAGUGUAUCAAGUGAAAACAGUAGCAAGGGAUCUCCAUCUUCUCCUGCAGGGUCCACACCAGCAAUUCCUAAAGUUCGCAUAAAAACCAUCAAGACUUCCUCUGGGCAGAUCAAGAGAACUGUUACUCGAGUGUUGCCGGAAGUUGAUUUGGACUCUAGUAAAAAAACAGAACAGACUGCUUCUAUGGUAACUUCCAUGACAUCCCUCCUGUCCUCACCAACUUCUGCUGCUGUUCUUUCCUCUCCUCCUAGAGCUCCUCUCCAGUCUACAGUCGUUACCACUGCAGUUGCAUCUGCAGAACUCACACCAAAGCAGGUCACUAUCAAACCUGUGGCUACUGCCUUUCUCCCAGUUUCAGCAGUUAAAACAGCAGGUUCACAAGUUAUUAAUUUGAAGCUUGCUAACAAUACUACAGUGAAAGCCACUGUACUAUCUGCUGCUUCUGUGCAGAGUGCCAGUAGUGCCAUUAUAAAAGCUGCCAAUGCCAUACAGCAGCAGGCUGUUGUGGUGCCAGCAUCAAGUCUUGCCAGCGCUAAACUUGUGCCAAAGACAGUCCAUCUUGCCAACCUUAAUCUUCUGCCUCAAGGUGCUCAAACCACCUCUGAACUCCGACAAGUGCUAACAAAACCCCAGCAACAAAUAAAGCAGGCAAUAAUUUCUGUAGCAGCCCCACAGCCUUCUAAAAAGGUGUCUCGAGUCCAGGUGGUGUCAUCUCUUCAGAGUUCUGUAGUGGAAGCAUUUAAUAAGGUGCUGAGUAGUGCCAACCCUGUCCCAGUUUAUAUCCCCAACCUUAGUCCCCCUGCCAGUGCUGGAAUAACGUUACCGACACGAGGUUACAAGUGUUUGGAGUGCGGUGACUCCUUUGCUCUUGAAAAGAGCCUGACCCAGCAUUAUGACAGGAGGAGCAUGCGAAUUGAAGUGACUUGUAAUCAUUGUACAAAGAACUUAGUUUUCUACAACAAAUGCAGUCUUCUUUCCCAUGCUCGUGGACACAAGGAAAAAGGAGUUGUAAUGCAGUGUUCGCACCUGAUUUUAAAACCAGUCCCAGCAGAUCAAAUGAUAGCAUCUCCUUCAAGCAAUACUGCUACAUCUAUGCUUCAAAGCCCAGUGGGAGUUGGUGCGCACACUGUAACUAAGAUGCAGUCUGGCAUAACGGGAACAGUCAUAUCAGCCCCAGCAAGUACACCCAUCGUUCCGGCCAUGCCACUAGAUGAAGAUCCAUCAAAACUCUGUAGACAUGGUCUAAAGUGUUUGGAGUGCAAUGAAGUUUUCCAAGAUGAGACAUCUCUUGCUACACAUUUCCAGCAGGCUGCAGACACAAGUGGACAAAAGACAUGCAAUAUCUGCCAGAUGCUGCUUCCUAACCAGUGCAGUUUUGCAUCACACCAGAGAAUUCAUCAGCAUAAAUCUCCAUACACGUGUCCUGAAUGUGGAGCAAUCUGCAGAUCUGUCCACUUCCAGACUCAUGUCACUAAGAACUGCCUGCAUUAUACUCGAAGAGUUGGUUUUCGCUGUGUGCAUUGCAAUGUUGUAUACUCUGAUGUGGCGGCACUCAAGUCUCACAUUCAAGGUUCUCAUUGUGAAGUCUUUUACAAAUGUCCUAUCUGUCCCAUGGCAUUUAAGUCUGCUCCCAGCACACAUUCCCAUGCCUAUACACAACACCCAGGGAUCAAGAUAGGCGAACCAAAGUAAGCAAAAUUAAUCUUU